GGGCGACGAUGAGGGGGGAGAAGCAGCGGCUCGUCGGGGGCCGGCCCGUCGGGCGGUCGGCCGGUCCUUGCGUGUGAGGGGAGGGGAGGGGAGGGGAGGGGAGGGGAGGAGAGGGCGGGCCCGGGCCCCGAAGAUGCUGCUGUCCCUGGUGCUCCACACCUACUCUAUGCGCUACGUGCUGCCGGCCGCCGUCAUGAUGGGCACGGCCCCCACCUACAUCCUGGCCUGGGCCUCCUGGCGCCUGCUGGCCGCCCUCUGCCCGGCCUCCCGCCUCUACCGGGAGCUGGACGACCGGCUCUACGCCAUCUACCAGAGCAUGGUGCUCUUCUUCUUCGAGAACUACACCGGCGUGCAGAUAAUACUAUAUGGGGAUUUGCCAAAAAAUAAAGAGAAUGUCAUAUAUUUAUCAAAUCAUCAGUGCACAGUUGACUGGAUUGUUGCUGACAUUUUGGCAGUCAGACAGAAUGCUCUUGGACAUGUACGAUAUGUUCUGAAAGAUGGCUUAAAAUGGCUCCCAUUGUAUGGCUGGUAUUUUUCUCAGCACGGAGGGAUUUAUGUAAAACGAAGUGCCAAAUUCAAUGAAAAAGAAAUGAAAAAUAAACUGCAGACCCAAGUGAAAGCAGGAACUCCAAUGUAUCUUGUGAUUUUUCCAGAAGGAACACGGUACAAUCCAGAGCUUCCGAAAGUAAUUGCAGAUAGUCAGUCAUUUGCUUCUAAAGCAGGUCUCUCAGUGUUAAAACAUGUUUUAACACCACGAGUGAAAGCAACACAUGUUGCAAUUGACUCCAUGAAGAAUUAUUUAGAUGCAGUGUACGAUGUCACUGUAGCAUAUGAAGGUACUGUGGACCAUAAAGGACAGAGGAAAAUAGCACCAUCCAUGACUGAAUUCCUGUGCAAAGAAUGUCCCAAAGUUCAUAUUCACAUUGAUCGCAUAGACCUAAAAGAUAUUCCAGAAGAACAGAUUUAUAUGAAAAGAUGGCUUCAUGAACGCUUUGAAAUCAAGGAUAAGUUGCUUAUAGAGUUUUAUGAUGCAAAGGAUUCCGAAAGGAGAAACAGGUUUCCCGGAAAGUGUGUUCACUCCAAACUGAGCCUCAAGAAAACUUUACCAUCCUUACUGUUCUUAGGCGGCCUGACCGCUAGCAUGCUUCUGACCGAGGCUGGAAGGAAACUGUAUGUGAGAACGUGGAUAUAUGGAACUUUAAUCGGCUGCCUGUGGGUUAGUAUUAAAGCCUGAGCAGACGCUGACUCGAAUCAGUGGGACGGGCUGCCCUGGCUCUUGGAGGCUGCGCGUAACGGCAGACUGGCUCCCGGAUGCAGAAAGAAGUGUAAAUAAAGCCUUACCUGAUUGAACGUCGGAUUCUUUAGAAAUUGUGGCUUCAGCCUACGCGCGAUUGGUCGGGAGCAGAUGUAUGUAGUUUGACGUGCGUACUACUGAAUUUGCCGGCGAGGCGACCGACCCGUUCUCAGUCACGUUACGUCGCAUCCCCCGUGAUCUCAAUGCCCAUCUUAAAUAGGCCGCAGGAGGUUAGUGGAGGUUUAGAGCGUGGGAUUGGCCCGGGACUUAAAUGGACCAGGAAAUGUAUUUCCCGGCACUACUUUAGGAUAACGAUUCUUCCGCUGUUCCUCUUUAGUUUUUCCGUAAGUGGACCUUAGCCCAGCCACUUUGUUCUUUUCAAUCCUAUGGGAGUUUUAUUUGGGGGUCCGGGUGUUCUCAGGGGCGAUCGAAGAAAUCCGUGCGGAGAUCAGAUGUUCCCCGAAAAGUUAACGAGAUAUUCUUGGGGAAAGAGGGUGUGUUUAUCUAGAGUGUGAUCUAUUGAUUAUAUCGCUUCAUUAGCUUAUUUAAUUAUGUACGCAAAACAUUUAAUUGUAACUUUAAUUUUCAUCACAGCAGCAGCCUAUUUUGUGCACCCUGUACUGCGCAUAAAAGAAUGUACAGGGUCAAAUGAAAAACACUUAAAACUGCGGGCUAAUCAGAUUGUGUUUAAGAGUACGCGAACUAGAACCGUAGAAUAUAUGUGCCAUAAAUAGUAGAGCUGGUUGAAGUUGCACGUUACUUGGUGAUUAGCGGAACCACCGAGUGUGAUCUGAACAAGUGCUGCGGUACGGUUAUGGUUCAAGGUAGUCCGUUGAGAUAACAAGGAAAAUUCAGAUGUUCCUGCUACCCUUUCAAAGCGCGUGCAUUUUGCCUACUAAUCUAUGAUUUAGCUUAAUAUCUGGUUACCGUAUAAUUUUCACGGUGUCACGUAGACUUCUUUUGGAUUCUGAUGCAUCGAAGUUGGAUUGAAGUUUGGGGUGUCGAUAUGUAUGGUUUGCACUGUAGAUUAAUAGGGAGAGAAAUGCAUAUCCAGCCAGUGUUUGGCCUGCUUAAAAAUGAACUCUCUUAAGCCUUUGUGAGUGGAUUUCCACUGUGACUGCCAACGCCUUUUAUAAUUAUCUCAUGUCGAGAAAUUCCAGUUGCUGGAGUCAGUGGAAUACUUAGUACCCCAAGACCAGAGGAAUGAUCUUGACCCAAUUCCGCUGGAAAAUCUUGACUCCUAACAUCAAAAUGCAAGAACGAGAUUACAUUUUAUCUCUCGCCUCUGAACUCCUUUUGGUGUAGCCUCUAUUGGGUUUAAUGUCAUCUGGCAGGGCUAAAUAAAGCUCAUCGUAGCAAAUGAGGAAGUUAUUUAAGAAAGAACCGCUAAACCUUUGAAAUCCAUAUCAUCUUCUGUUACCUAAGUUUAUGCCUUCAUCAAUUUCCCGGGCGACCUUUAAACUCGCCAUUUGGUAUUUCUUGAAAAUGGACGUCUUUUGUUACCGAAUUGCUAUCUCUAUUACUGAGGCAACGAGACGUUAACUGAAUCACGAUGAACCAACUGAAAAGUACUACGGGGAAUUUAGUCGAGGACGAUAUUGUCUUAAGUGUCUGAAUCCAGAGUGAAACCCUGUUCAAGUAACAGCCUUAAAGACCUCUGUGGUGAGCAAAUGCAUCAGGCGGUCGGUCUCUCCCGAAGGGGUUAAAGAGACGAAACCUCUAUCUCUGAUGCUCUGAUGCCAAACUAUUAACUUUAUUUUCCAAUACGAAGUAGAAUUUGGAAUGAAGCCUCAAUGUCUUGAAUGAAUAACCACCUUGGAAAGCAGCCCCCCAAAAUGGCAGGCAAGAGAAGAAAAUUAAAUGGAAGUUUCGCAGUGUAGUUUGAGCAGAAUAAUUAUUAUAAGGGGUAUGCAGUAGGUUUAAAUUUUAAAAUGCAUUCCUGUUGGAUUUAUGUGAACUCUAAAUAGUACAGAAGGGCAAAGCAGCCAGCUUGUUCUGACCUAGACUGUCCUGCGUCUGACUACCCAAGCACACUUCCCACGAAAAAAACCAACAACUGAUGAAUAGAAAUUGAAAUUUGUUUUUCUUUUGUAUUAAAUCCAUGGAGAGUCUGUUCUAAUAUGCACUGAUAUUCACUUGGAUUAUUCCUUAGUCAAGAGCCAUUUGUUCAUUUUUGGUUUCGAUUUGACUUGUGUUCUUACAUAAAAUGUUAUCCUUUAAGCUUUUAUGUUUUUGCCGUCGUUGUUUACAGCGUAAUUAUUCUUUACCAAAACGCAAUCACCGUGCAUGCUUUUUAUGCUUUUUCAGCAAAGGGGUUUGUGUGAAAGUCAGCAAAAUAAAAUCUUUCAUCGUCUCA